AUGGUGUGGCUGCAAAGAAAACUUCGACAGACACUGGGGAGCGUAAAAGACCAGACCAAGAUCGGUCUGGCCAAAGUGAGCCUGAAAAACAACCGGAUUCGGGACAUAGAAAUCGGGAUUGUGAAGGCCACAAGUCACAAUCCUGAAGUCCAUCCUGAAGAAGACGAUAAAUCUGCGACCCAGUUUCUGCAGAUUCUUUUCAAUGCACCAGAUGCUUUAAACAUGGCGGCCGAGGCUCUGAGCAAAAGAUUCAAUAGAACGAGGCAGUGGGUUGUGGCGCUCAAGUGCGUGCGACUCCUCCAUCGUCUGGUGCGUGUUGGGGACGGCCGAUUUGAGGAAGAAAUCCGCCAUGCAAGAGCCUCUGGUUUGCUCGUUUUCAGCUUCUUUGAUUUCAAAGAUGACGCCUUUUUUGAAUUCGUGCGUGCUUAUUGUGUUUUUGUGGAUGAGGCCCUCGAUUUCGGGGCCCCCGAGAAUGAGAUCUUGAAUGGUGUGGAAGAGGAGGAGAAAGUUCUGGUGAGUUUGAUGGACAGAACCCCCAAAUUUCAGAGACUUUUGGACUGUGCAAUUGCUUGUCUUCCAGCAGAACCAGCACAGGGGAAUCGUUUGGUGGUGGUGGCGCUUGAACCGGUGGUGCGGGAAAGUUUCAGACUUUAUGCCCAAAUUCGGGCCUGCAUUGCAACUCUGGUUAACAAAUUCUUCGAUUCUGAGCGUUCACUCUGCAUUUCGGCUUUUGAAAUCUAUAAAAAAGCGGCUUUUCAGAGCCACCAGCUCGCCGCCUUUUAUGAAUCUUGCAUGAAAUUGGGGGCAUGUCGGAUUUCAGAGUAUCCCACUGUGGAAAGAAUCUCUGAUGAGGAGCUGGAUUCGUGGGAAGAAUUGCUGAGCACAGAGGCGCUCUGCAUUGAACCAGAAAGGGAAUUUUGCGGCUAUAAUGAUUCCUUAUGCUCUCCCAGUCCGGUAUACAGUCUGCCGUUAAAUGAAGCUCAGAGAAACGAUUGUAAUAAAGAAUUGAUAUUGUUUGAUGCGCCCAUUUUGGGUCUGGAAACGAAGAUAACCAACGAUUGGGAGAAGUUCGAUUCUCCUAAGGUAAGGCAGGAGGAGACUGUAAAUUCUGGUUCUUGGGAGCUCGCUCUGGAUAUUUCUGCUGCUUCGGCUUCUUCUUCUUGCUCUUCUGGAGACCCAUUUGCAGCUUCUGUAGGCAUUGCUCCGCCGUCAUAUGUAGAAAUGGAGGACAUUAAAAGGAAGUAUGCAGCCAUGCUUGAGGAGCAGAGAUUCAGGCAGACUUAUCACAACUCGGGAAAAAAUGGACGCUUCCAAUUGCAAUAUUACAAUCCUUUUUGCGUGCCUGGAAUCCAAAACGUCCCCUUUGGAAUGCUGGGCACCCAUGGCAUGUUGCAGGUUUAUAACUCGGGAGGUAUUGCUUGA